UUGUAGACAGCAUUGUAUCGCAUUUCAGUUGUUCAGUUAUUCUUGAAUUAUUCCCUAUUAGCUGUACCCAAAUUUUAUAUUCUAAGGUGAAAUUUAUUACAAUAACUAGUUGCCUUUUCUAAAACCUUUUUCUAUUAUUCUUGUAGUGCCAACACUGAAUUAUAAAUUAUAAAUUAGUUACCGAGCAUCUUGAAUUCUAGCAUUGACUCGACGAACCCUAUUGUAAGUACUUAGUACCGAAACGUAAACAAAUACUAAAUUACAUUAAUCCAUAGAUUAGAGCUAAACUCUCAAGAGCAAGACGGGGAAUCCGUUCUCAUCGCCACUUCUAGAAAAGUAUACCAAAAUUCUUAAAGCAUACACCACCAACAAAUUGUGUUGCUCUAUAGAGUUGGAUACAACCUCAACAUUCUUUAAGAAUUUUGUCUGGGUAUCAGAGGAUGGCAGAUCAACAGAAAUCACCCCGUAAUUGCCAGUCCUGCACUCGAAGAGAUUCGGCCGACUAUGAGAUGGUACAGUGCGAGAGUUGUAAGUUGUGGGAGCACUUCGGCUGCGCCGGUGUUGACGAGCAGAUCCGGCAGCCUGAAGUCCCAUAUGUGUGUAAACGAUGUAUGCAGCAAGGAGUCUCUGACAACGCUACUCUAGUGCCGCCUCCCAGUGAGCACCAUCGCUCUAAAGGAGCGAAAGGCAGUUCCAAGGUGAGUUCGAAAGCCGCUUCACGAAGAACAAAGAAGAACGUGGAUCCAUCUGGAAGCGUAACGUCUAGUGUUCGAGCCGCUAUGCUUACGGAGCAGCUAAAGCUUGUCGAGGAGGAGCGAAUGUUGGCAGAACAAGAGCUGCGUGAACAAGAGGAAGUUAAGAAGCAACAGAUGGAAGAAGAAGAACGUCGAUUAGAAGAAAAACGGAAGCUAGCGGAUGAAGCGAACCAGCUCCGUGAUCGAAAAUUAAAGGAAGAGCUUGAGUUGAAGCGGAAACAACAGCAGGUUAGACGAGAAUCGUUCGAGAAGCGUCAGGAAAUCAUUCGGCAACUAACUGAAGUAAACAGCAGGUGCGAAUCGCUCAGGAGUUCCUCCUCGAGUUCUAUCGUAAGUUCCAAGCAGAAGGUAACACAUUGGUUAGCGGAGCAAGAUACUAAAAUUUCGGCUGGCCAACGAUGUGGACAAACGAUUGCUGUCAACCACACCGAAAUUCCCGAGAACCAGAUGAAUAUCUCCUCAUCUCGACAGCCGUUAGAGCCCUUAGAAGCUAUACAUCAUCAGCAACAAGUUGACAGACAAGUGAGGACAUCCAACCGUAAUCAAAUUCCGGAAAACGUUGGACAUGCGUCCGUACCUCAUCAACUAUCACCACUAGAGACCCUUAAUCCUCAGUCGUUGAUUAUGGGACUGCCUCAACAGCACGUUUCAGCUUCGCCAUCUGCAGUUUCUCUCAACACACAUACGCUCUCACAAGUACAAAUCGCAGCGCGACAGGUUCUAGGAAAGGAUUUGCCGACAUUCAGUGGGAAUCCGGAGGAGUGGCCCAUCUUUAUAAGCAACUUCGAACAGUCGUCGGAUGCGUGCGGUUACUCGGAUGCAGAAAACCUUGUACGCCUACAACGAUGCCUGAAGGGCCACGCCCUGGAAUCAGUGAGAAGUCGUCUGCUUCUGCCGGCGAGCGUUCCGCAUGUAAUUCAAACUUUGCGCAUUCUGUACGGGAGACCGGAGCUUAUCAUACGCUCACUGUUGAAUAAAAUUCAACACGUUCCAGCUCCGCGGCACGACAGGCUGGAAACCGUGAUCCAGUUCGGGCUCGCGGUGCAAAACUUUGUAGAUCAUCUUAAAGCGGCCAAUCAGCAGAACCAUCUCUCGAAUCCAGCUUUGAUGCAAGAACUUGUAGAGAAACUGCCUGGCUCUAUGAGACUCGACUGGGCCAUCUACAAAAGCAAAACGCAACCUGCGACCCUCGAAACCUUCGGAGAUUUCAUGUCCGGAAUUGUGACCGCUGCCAGUGAAGUAUCGUUCGAGCUGCCCGGAAUGACUGGAAUCUCGCGGAGCGAUAAACGAAAGUCAAAAGACUUUGGUGGCCUCCAUAUGCACUCUGAGGAACAAGAACCAUCCGAAGCUUCGACUAGUGCUUCGUACCAUCCGAAAACAGGUAAGCCCUGUUUAGCAUGCGGUCGCGUGGGUCAUCGAGUAGCGGAAUGUGAGCAGUUUAAAAAUGCGGAUUUGGACGCGCGCUGGGAAUUAGUUCGGCAGAAGGGGCUAUGCAGAACUUGUCUCAACGGUCAUGGAAAAUGGCCGUGUCGUUCCUGGAAAGGCUGCGAUAUCGAAGGGUGUCGACAAAAACAUCACACGCUCCUGCACACAUCCUCCCCUCAUCCUGAGAACGUUGGAAUAUCCGCCAGUCACGCAUCCACUGGACAUCUCAAGUGGCCACUGUUCCGUAUUGUACCCGUCGUUCUUUUCAAUAACGGUAUCUCCACCACAACAUUUGCCUUCCUCGAUGAGGGUUCCUCAUACACCCUUCUAGAAGAAUCCAUCACUAAAGAGCUAGGAGUCCGUGGUCAAGCCGAACCUUUGACACUGCAGUGGACUGGAGACGUCAAGCGUGUUGAGUCGAAGUCGGAGCGGGUUCGGUUGCAUAUUUCCGGAAAGAAUAGUCGUGUUCAGUACGAACUUACCGAUGCUCGUACUGUUAGUCGUCUAGUACUGCCUCCACAGUCGCUUAAAUAUUCAGACUUGGCACAACGAUUCCCACACCUGCGCGGUCUUCCUAUGGAAGAUUAUGAGUUAAUACAACCGAAACUUCUAAUAGGCUUAGACAACCUGAGGCUAUGUGUGCCAGUGAAGCUAAGAGAGGGAAGACCGGCUGAUCCAAUUGGAGCAAAAUGUCGCCUGGGCUGGAGUAUCUAUGGCUGUAUCCACGACAACGCUACAAAUUCGGCAGUUGUAAAUUUCCAUGCGGGAGCUACGUCGGAUUCUGAUAGGGAGAUGAAUGAACAACUUCGCGAUUUCUUCUGCCUGGAAAACUCUGGGAUCUCAAGUCCAUUCGAGGCUCCAGAAUCCGAGGAAGAUAAACGGGCCAGGUUUAUAUUGGAGGAGACUACCAGACGUGACCCCUCCGGGUCUUUCUUUGAGACAGGACUGCUGUGGAGAACUAACUAUCCACAGUUUCCUGACAGCUACCCAAUGGCUGUACGUCGGCUGAUAGCACUCGAACGAAAAUUACAUAGCAACUUGGAUCUAAAGAAACGCGUGGGCGAGCUGAUUCAAGAGUAUCAGCGUAAAGGCUAUGCUCACAAAGCUACAUUAGCCGAACUAACCUCGGUUGAAGCUGGACGGGUAUGGUACCUCCCACUUGGCGUAGUCACCAAUCCACGAAAACCUGGAAAAGUCCGUCUGAUAUGGGACGCCGCGGCGAAAGUGGGAGAGGUGUCGUUCAAUUCUAAAUUACUGAAAGGACCAGACUUGCUUACCCCGCUCCCAUAUGUACUAUACCAAUUCCGCCUGUAUCCAGUAGCAGUGUGUGGAGACAUAAUGGAAAUGUUCCACCAGAUUAGGAUUCGUUUUCCUGAUUGUCAAUCGCAACGAUUCCUGUAUCGUGAAAGCUCCUUGGAUCGCCCGCAGGUAUACAUAAUGGACGUCGCAACAUUUGGUUCCACGUGCUCGCCGGCUUCCGCUCAGUAUGUGAAGAAUCUUAACGCCCACCAAUUUUCCGAGGAGUAUCCCAGGGCCACUGAAGCCAUCACAAAAAAGCAUUACGUGGACGAUUACCUUGAUAGCUUCCACACCACGGAAGAAGCUAUAGAGGUAGUGAAGGAAGUUAUGCUGGUUCAUUCCAAAGCUGGCUUCACGCUGCGACAUUUCCUGUCCAACGAGCAAAGUGUAUUGCAGGGAAUCGGGGAGACUUCGGAAUCCCAACCAAAGGAUAUGGACUUAGAACGCGGAGGAAGAACCGAGUCGGUCCUUGGAAUGAAGUGGAUGCCGUUCGAGGAUGUAUUUGUCUACGCCUUUGGCCUGAGAGAGGACCUAAUGUACGUACUUCAGGAAACACAUGUACCGACAAAACGAGAAGUGGCUCGAGUGGUAAUGAGUUUGUUCGACCCGCUUGAUUCUAUCGCAUUCUAUCUCGUGCACGGAAAAAUACUACUUCAAGACAUUUGGGCAAAAGGCACAGCAUGGGACCAAGUGAUACCAGACGACCUCAAUAAACGGUGGCAACAAUGGACGAACUACUUUGAAUCAUUGCAACAGCUUCGCAUACCGCGAUGCUACUUCCAUCCAUUUCCUUCGAUGAAUUCCAGCCGAAUUGAACUGCAUCUUUUCGUCGACGCUAGCGAGGCUGCGUAUGCUUGCGUCGUGUAUUUCCGCCUGGAAGACGAAAACGGCAUACAAUUAGCACUAGUAGGAGCGAAAGUUAAAGUAGCUCCGUUGAAGACUCUCUCGAUUCCCAGACUGGAGUUGAAGGCAGCUGUUAUUGGUGUUCGGCUGUUAGACACCAUUCAAAACCAACACACCUAUCCAAUUUGUCAGCGUUACUGUUGGAGUGAUUCUGGGACCGUUCUCGCGUGGAUUCGAUCGCACGACCAUAGACGAUUUCACAAAUUUGUGGCGGUUCGUGUUGGCGAAAUUCUGACAUCCACGGAGCAGAACGAAUGGAGAUGGGUGCCAUCGAAACAAAACGUUGCUGAUCUUGCUACUAAAUGGGGUACUGGCCCACAAAUAUCCAUGGACAGUCCCUGGUUCCAAGGUCCGAAUUUCCUAUACGAUUCAAAGGAAAACUGGCCCCGACAGCGUCCGAUUACUUCAACAGAAGUGGAACUACGACCAGCCCAUAGUCAUCUUGCGCAUUUUUAUCCAAUAAUGGAUUACUCUCGGUUCAGCAGUUGGUCGAAAAUGCAUCGUGUAGUAGCGCACGUGUUACGUUUCUUUGAAAAUCUCCGACGCAAGAAAGAUGGACACACUUUGCAGCAUGGUAUCCUCAAGAGUGAUGAGCUGCAGCAUGCUGAAGUGGCAUUAUUGAAAGCAGCACAACGCGAAGCAUUCUCUAGAGAAGUUAUCAUACUUAGUAAAAGUCAAGGGCCGCCAGAGCGACGUCACAACGCCGUGGGAAGUUCCAGUCCUAUUUACACCAAGUGGCCUUUCCUAGAUGAGAGAGGUAUUCUGCGAAGUCGUGGAAGGAUUGGCGCUGCACCGUAUACAUCGAUGGAUACCAAAUAUCCUAUAAUCCUUCCCAAACAGCACCCAAUUACGUUUCUACUGGUAGACGGGUUUCAUCGUCGCUAUCAACACGCUAACCGGGAGACUAUCUUCAAUGAAAUUCGUCAACGCUUCGACAUUCCUACUCUGAGACGACUGUUGGACAAGAUUAUCAGGAAAUGUUUGUAUUGUCGCAUGCUCAAGGCGGUUCCGAACCCACCCGCCAUGGCUUCUCUUCCUGAAAUGCGUCUGAAGGCGUUCAUAAGGCCCUUUACCUAUACUGGACUGGAUUAUUUCGGACCGGUGCUUGUUAAGGUGGGUAGAAAUAAUUCAAAGCGGUGGGUAGCACUUUUUACUUGCCUUACCAUCCGAGCUGUGCAUUUGGAAAUUGUUCACACCUUGAGCACUGAAUCAUGCAUUAUGGCCGUUCAACGGUUCGUUUCUCGCCGAGGACUACCAAACGAAUUUUGGACCGACAACGCAACCUGUUUUCAAGGUACAAGCAACGAAUUGAAAGCAAACAUUGCAAUUGUGAACGAAGCAUUAGCGGAGAAGUUCACAAGCCCCCAGACCACUUGGAAGUUUAUUCCGCCAGCAACACCACACAUGGGUGGUGCAUGGGAAAGGCUAGUUCGAUCGGUAAAGGUUGCGAUUGGGGCGAUACUGGAUAGUCCUCGAAAGCCUGACGACGAGACGUUGGAGACAACCCUGUUAGAAGCUGAAAUGAUGGUGAACUCCAGACCACUCACCUAUAUUCCUCUGGAGUCGGCAGAUGACGAAGCCUUGACGCCGAAUCAUUUUUUACUGGGUAACUCAUCCGGGGCGAAGUUUCUGCCAACGGAGAACAUUGACAGUCCCUCAGUUCUAAGAAGCAGCUGGAAGUUGGCGAGAUCUAUUACAGAUGAAUUUUGGCGCAGGUGGCUGAAGGAAUACCUUCCAGCGAUCACACGACGUUGCAAGUGGUUUCAGGAUGUGAAGAACUUAGAAGUCGGCGACUUGGUCUUCGUGGUUGGAGAAAAGGCGAAAAAUCAGUGGACACGUGGUCGAAUCGAGGAAGUUAUCGUAGGAAAAGACGGCAGAGUUCGCCAGGCGUUGGUACGAACAUCAACGGGAAUAGUUCGUCGACCAGCUGUUAGACUUGCCGUAUUGGACGUCAUGGAUGAAUGCAAACCUGGUUCCGAGCUUCAGGAUCAACACCAAGGUUUACGAGCGGGGGGAUGUGACGAUAAGCCCCUCCGUAAUGGCAACACUGCUGACUGUGCCAACUCCGUCUCUACGUUCGACUCUGGACUCGAAAAUUGAUAUGUCAUAAUCGUAGACGAAUUU